AUGGGCUGCUUCUGCGCUGUUCCGGAAGAAUUUUACUGCGAAGUUUUGCUCCUGGAUGAAUCCAAGUUAACCCUCACCACCCAGCAGCAGGGCAUCAAGAAAUCAACGAAAGGUUCCGUUGUCCUUGACCAUGUAUUCCGUCACAUAAACCUCAUGGAGAUAGAUUAUUUUGGGCUGCGUUACUGUGACAGAAGCCAUCAAACGUACUGGCUGGAUCCUGCAAAAACCCUUGCUGAACAUAAAGAACUGAUCAACACUGGACCUCCAUAUACUUUGUAUUUUGGUAUUAAAUUUUAUGUAGAAGAUCCAUGUAAGCUCAAAGAAGAAAUAACCAGAUAUCAGUUUUUCUUGCAAGUGAAGCAAGACGUCCUCCAGGGCCGGCUGCCCUGCCCCAUCAACACUGCAGCUCAGCUGGGAGCUUAUGCCAUCCAGUCUGAACUUGGCGACUAUGACCCAUAUAAGCAUACUGCAGGAUAUGUCUCAGAGUACCGUUUUGUUCCCGAUCAGAAGGAAGAACUUGAAGAAGCCAUAGAAAGGAUUCAUAAAACUAUAAUGGGUCAAGCUCCUUCAGAAGCUGAGCUGAAUUACUUGAGGACUGCCAGGUCCCUGGAAAUGUAUGGUGCUGACCUCCAUCCUGUCUAUGGAGAAAACAAGUCUGAGUAUUUCUUAGGAUUAACUCCAGUUGGUGUUGUUGUCUACAAGAGUAAAAAGCAAGUGGGGAAGUAUUUCUGGCCUCGGAUUACAAAGGUUCACUUCAAGGAGACUCAGUUUGAACUCAGAGUCCUGGGAAAAGAUUGCAAUGAAACCUCAUUCUUUUUUGAAGCUCGAAGUAAAGCUGCUUGUAAGCAUCUCUGGAAAUGCAGUGUAGAGCAUCAUACAUUUUUUAGAAUGCCAGAAAAUGAAUCCAAUUCAUUGUCAAGAAAACUCAGCAAAUUUGGAUCCAUGAGUUACAAGCAUCGGUACAGUGGCAGGACAGCUUUGCAAAUGAGCCGAGACCUUUCUAUACAACUCCCCCGGCCAGACCAAAAUGUGGCAAGAAGUCGGAGCAAGACCUAUCCUAAGAGAAUCGCACAAACCCAGCCAGCUGGUUCAAACAGUGUAAAUCGAGUUACAGCAAAUAUGGAAAAUGGAGACAAUGAAGGAAUAACAACAAAAAUUAUUGCACCUUCACCAGUAAAAAGCUUUAAGAAAGCAAAGAGUGAAAACAGCCCUGACACCCAAAGAAGCAAAUCCCAUGCACCGUGGGAAGAGAACGGCCCCCAGUGCGGACUCUACAACUCUCCCAGUGACCGCAACAAAUCACCAAAGUUCCCCUACGCACGUCGCCGGAACCCCUCCUGUGGAAGUGACAAUGACUGUGUGCAGCCCAUGAGGAGAAGGAAAGCCCAUAAUAGUGGUGAAGACUCAGACCUAAAGCAAAGGAGGAGGUCCCGCUCACGUUGUAACACGAGCAGUGGCAGUGAAUCAGAAAACUCUAACAGAGAACACCGGAAAAAGAGAAACAGAAUACGGCAGGAGAAUGAUAUGGUUGAUUCAGCGCCUCAGUGGGAAGCCGUAUUAAGGAGACAAAAGGAGAAAAACCAGGCAGACCCCAACAACAGGCGAUCCAGACACAGAUCUCGCUCGAGAAGCCCUGAUAUCCAAGCAAAAGAAGAGUUGUGGAAGCAUAUUCAAAAGGAACUUGUGGAUCCAUCUGGGUUAUCAGAGGAACAGUUAAAGGAGAUUCCAUACACUAAAGUAGAGACUCAAGGUGACCCAAUCCGCAUCAGGCAUUCUCAUUCCCCACGGAGUUAUCGCCAGUACCGCAGGUCGCAGUGUUCAGACGGAGAGAGAUCUGUUCUCUCAGAAGUGAACUCAAAAACAGAUCUAGUACCUCCACUUCCGGUGACCCGUUCUUCAGAUACACCAGGUUCUGGUGGCUUCAUCAUACAUCAGAGACGAAAUGAGUCUAAAGAUAGCCUGAUUGAAGAAAAAUCUCAGACAUCUACAAACAAUCUGGCUGGAAAACACACAGCAAAAACAGUAAAAACUGUCCAAGCUUCACGCCUCAAGAUAGAGACUUGA